ACGGAUCAAAUAUUCGUAAGUACAUAGCUGGAACACUGCUCGCUAAUAGUACGAUUUUGCUUGCAGCAUUUCAAAAAGCGCAAGGAAUAUUUUUAUGUAUCAAGAAAGGAUAAUGUACAGUGUAUCUCUUCUUUUACUUGUUUUGAGUGUACAGACAGAUGGAUUUUUGGAAGAUCUGUGCAAUUACAAGUUUAGAGAAAAACAGCCUAAGGAUAAAAAUAAUUAUGACACAAUUGAAUACAAUUCCAUGUUUCUUAAUUAUUGUACUGCCGAAGAAGUUCCUGAUCAUGAGAGCUAUGAUGUAUUUUUUGAUGAAGCCUUGGAAGAAGGAGAUUCACAUAAUUCUUUAAAGGUUCAGUUUGCACCUCCUAAAAGAGAAUGCAAGUAUGAAAUAGCUUUGUUAGUUGAUCCUUCCAUCAAGAAUCAAAAAGAAUGUAUGGAUUAUGACUUUGAUAAAGUGGUUGAUAUUAAAUCGAACAUACAUACUGUGGAUAGAAGUGUAUGUUUUUUUAAAAACACUAAUCAAUCGGCAUUUGUAAGCAAUGAUAAAUCAACAACAGUCUACUUAUAUAAGGAUAAUAUCUGGCUAUGGUUUAAAUAUAUCUUUACAGGAUGCUAUGCACUGCGGUAUCGCAUAAAUAAUCGGAAAUAUAUAACAGGGCAUUCUAUAUUUUUGAACACUACUUAUCAACGAGCGGAAGUUCAAGAACCACAAGUCAUUUGUAAAUAUAAAGAUAUAGAUACGAAGCAAUCCGAUUCUGAGAAAAAACAAGUUGUAAAAAAUUUCACAUUAGAUAUUUUUCUACCAGCAAAUACGGGAGAUAAUCUUCGCCUGGGAUUAAUAUCACCGCGGAAUAAAGACCAACAAAAAUGUAUUUGGCGAGGAGAACCAAUAUUAUACUCGUGGACAAUAAGACUGAAGGUAGUUCGUGUUCCGUACAAUGAAAUAAGGGAUCAACAUUGUAGUAUAAAAUUGGAAAAGCCAACGGCAAAUGGAAAAUAUAUAAAAAGAGUACGUUGUAACUUUCAAAUAGAAACGCAAACUGAAGGUCAUUGUUUUCGAUAUCUCCUGAGUGAUCGUCGAUGUCAGUCAGAUACUAUAUGGAAGCCAGAAUGUUUCAGAUAUUCUAGAGAAGAUGGAAUAUUACAUGAAGUGCCAUGUUUAUGGCUACAGCGUUGCACAAAAUCUUACGAGCCACAGGACACGAUCGUAUCGAGACAAAUAAAAUCAGAUAUGAUGCUGAGUGCAAGUUGGUACCUAUUGUUGCCAAUUAUUGCUAUUGUGUUAAUUAUAUCGGCAGUAAUUGGAAUAUUAUGUUUCUGGCAUUACUCGUGUAUUCGAAGGGAAGAAAUCAAUUUGUAUAUAAAUCCACAACACGAUGAUUCUGAUUAUCCUAAAUCCAUCGAUUUCGAUAUUAUUGACAAUGUCAUUGAGAAGACAAUCGAUCAUGGUAAUUCUUCGUGCGAUGAUAUUGUUCUUCUUUACACCAACCAUUCGACAUCUUUUAUGACGUUGAUGAAAGAUUUUCGUGAAACACUCACCAAAAUGUGCUCUUGUUCUGUGCACGACUGGCAUAAUGGAACUGUAUGGAACGAAGUGGCUAGGGUUGGUACUGUUUCAUGGUUUAUUAAAUUAUUUGACAAUGGCUGCCGCGUCAUUUGGGUAGAUACACCAUUUACGAGAAGCGUCGUUAUAUCAAACACGAGAGAUAACGAAUCAAGCUUAGAUAAGCUCAGGAAAUACUAUGAAAUACACGAUUUCCGCGAUAUGUCAUUUCGCGCUGUGCUUGAAGUGGCAAAAAGCAAAGUAAACGAAGUCGCGCGUCAGUACCGCAGACAUUUUGUCGUAAGAUUUGAAGGAUUAGAAAGCACAGCAAACGUGAAUGAUCCAUUCUUAGAUCUCUCUCCUCACGCGCGAUAUUACAUGCCGCAGCAUCUCGUGCAAUUGUGUUCGGAUUUGUCGAUGGUGAAAUCAGAAAUUUCUAAAGAUAAAAUAAACAAGCAAGAAGAUUUUCAUCGUAUUUUCGAUAUACCAACUUUACAAGUUUCAGACGCAGCAUCGUCUGAAAUCUCUAAGAGUGAAAUGAACAAUAUGAAACAAACUGCUCCUCUUCCUUUUUCCUCCCCCUUUUUUUUCUUUUCGCCACCUUCGACUCACUACUCACCGCGGUACGGCACUCACCACCGAGCGCACUAUCGUCUGAAAAAUCGCAACGCUCGCAUUAUUCCACGCACAUUGAAGAUGCAGCUGUGCCUCGCCUAUCUUUUGACGCUCGUCGUCGCGACCGACGUAGCCUUCGGAAGUCCUUUGACAUUUUUCCUGAUGACAAAUGCAUCAUACACGCGGGCAAACGUCGAUCAGUUCAGCGCACCGAAUAGACUGAAAAAUGAGAUUAAAUCAGCCGGCAUGAAAAAGAGCGGCUUUACGACAACGUGGACCAGAAUUUUGCAGAAUCCGCCGGAUUCCUUAGAAGUUGCCGUCGGGAGUCGCGUCGAACUGCAAUGCGAGGUAGUUGGAAAUCCGCCGCCCCAGGUUUAUUGGAUAACAGGAAAUGAGCCGGAAAGGCAGAUUCAGGAAUUGACCGCGCGGGCUCAAGAAACGAGCAACGAUAUAUCCACGGAAUGGGAAGGGCUUAGUCAAAUCACUUCCACAUACGUGAUCGAUUGCAUCAGGGUUGAAGAUCAAGGUUUAAAGUAUUGCGUGUCCGUAUCUAAGAAUGUAGUGGUUCAAUCGACGCCGACGGUACUCCUCGUUAAUAGCACCAAGGCUACCGAAUGCAACAGUGAGAGUCAGCCUACUAUCACCUUGCAUGCCUCUUGGAGAUUCGCUCUUGAUGAAAGCACGGUAAUUCUUCCAUGCAGAGUCGUGGGUCAACCGGCGCCUUAUCUAUUCUGGUUAGAUAGUUCGAGCAAAAUCAUAAGUCCCACCACGCACACGAGACACACUAUUCUACCUAGUGGCGAUCUGCAGAUAACGGAUCUUGAUUGGCCCGACAUGGGUGAAUAUACUUGCAAAGUACAAUCGGGAUAUACGGAGAAGAGCAUCUCCACAUUUUUAUAUCCUGUGCUUCCUACAUCAAAAGGCAAAUGAUAAAUUCCGUGUAAAAAGGCUUCAAAAGAUUCCUGUAUUUUUAAUGCCUUUUGCCAUAAGUGACCAAAAUCUAUUACACUUAUCAUUUGUUUAUAAAAAUAGAAUGUAAUUUAAUUAGA